AUGCCGCCCAACGGCACUGCGACCCACGAUCCCACCCCGACCGCCGUCAACCGCAAGAAGCAGAAGCGACGCGAGAAGGAGGCCGCCAAACGAGCCGCACAGGAGCCGCCUGCGCCUGCGCCCGCGCGGAAUGGCGUGUCGCCUGCCCGAGGGCCCCCAGGCCAGCAGCAGUACGUUGACCCGGAACUGGACGAGCCGCCAUAUGACGAGGGGGAGUACUACUCGGACGAGGAGUAUGAGCACACGUACGGCACAAAUGGCGACUACCAGCAGGGCUACGGCCAUGCCCCAAUGCGCAGCGCCCAGGGCAAGAAGACCCGGCGGAAGAAGAAGGCGCCCUCAGCACCCCCUCCGCUGGCCUACACCCAGCACGUCGCAUCACGCCUCAGCCCCGCACCCGGCCACGCCAUGUCGCCCACCCACUCCGUCGCGCGAUCCGGCUCCCGAGGCGACCGCAUAUGGAACACCACGAUGCAGGACGAGCGGGACCGCAUACGCGAGUUCUGGCUGUCCCUCGGCGAGGACGAGCGCAAGUCGCUCGUCAAGAUCGAAAAGGAGGCGGUCCUGCGCAAGAUGAAGGAGCAGCAGAAGCACUCGUGCAGCUGCACCGUGUGCGGGCGGAAGCGCACCGCCAUCGAGGAGGAGCUGGAGGUUCUAUAUGAUGCAUAUUACGAAGAACUCGAGCAGUACGCGCACCACCAGCAAGACGUCGGUAGUUUCAUUCCCGAGGCUAAUUAUGGUUAUGCGUCCAGUGCUCCUCACCACCCGCGCCCCAUGCUGAACCCCCACCCACCCCCCGGCCCCUACGACGACGACGAAGAAGAGUACGACUCGGGCGAGGAAGAGGAGGAAGAUUCCGAAUACGACAGCGAGAUCUCGUCAGAGGGCGGCUACAGCUCAGGCGAGCGCAGUCUGCCGCCGCCCGAGCCCUCAGACUUCCUCCAGUUUGGCAGUAGUCUGCAGGUCAAAGGUGGCAUACUUACGGUUGCUGACGAUUUGCUCAAGAACGAUGGGAAGAAGUUCAUCGAGAUGAUGGAGCAGCUCGCUGAGCGUAGGAUGCAACGAGAAGAAGAUGCUCAAGUCCAGGCUCACCCCGGCGCCCAGCACCGAUCCUAUAGCGGCCACAGUCACAGCGCUCCUCCGCCCGACGAAGACGACUACGACGAAGAGGGCGAAGACGAGGAAGAGUACGACGACGACGACUACGAGGAGGACGAAGAGGAUGAGGAAGGCGCCAUGACCGAGGAGCAACGGAUGGAGGAAGGCCGGCGAAUGUUUCAGAUCUUCGCAGCGCGAAUGUUUGAGCAGAGGGUACUCCAGGCGUAUCGAGAAAAGGUGGCCGCGGAACGACAGCAAAAGUUACUCGAAGAACUGGCAGAGGAGGAUGUGCGGAAGGAUGCGAAAGAGGCAAAGAAAGCAAAGGAGGCCCAGAAGCGCAAGGAGAAGAAGGAUAAGCAAAGGCAGCUGAAGGCGGAGCAGGAGGCCCGCAAGGAAGCCGAGCGAGCAGCCAAAGAAGCCGAGGCCAAGGCCGCGGAGGAGAAGCGACUGGAGGAGCAGCGGAAGAAGCGAGAAGAGCAGCGCAAGAAGAAAGAGGCCGAACGCAAAGCCCAGGAGGAAGAGAAGCAGCGCAAGGAGGCCGAGCGUCUGAAACGACAGCAGGAAGAGCGCGAGCGGCAACAGGAAGCAGAGAGAAAAGCACGCGAACAGAAAGCCCUUGAGAAGAAGGCCAAAGACGAGGCGAAACGAAAGGAGCGGGAAGAGCGGGAAGCGAGGGAGAGAGAAGCGAAAGAGAAGAAGGCGCAGGAGGACAAGGACCGCAAGGAACGGGACUCGAAGACCAAAGGCGGCAAAGACCAAAUACGUAAGGAGGACCAAGCUGCCGCUGCCGCUGCCCACAACGCUAUUGCUGGUGCGAAGAAGGCCUCACAGCCAGUAGCUGUCGCGCUACCUCCUCAAUUGCUAAAGCAAAAUUCGUCUACGGGAAUGCCAUCGCCGCAGGUUACGCCAGCUGUACCGAAGGCUCCAACUCCUAACCGACCGCGCCAAACAUCACACCAGACCUCCCACGGCUCAUCGCCAAAGACUCCCCAUGCUACUCUAGGAACAAGCAAGUCGACAUCUCCAAGCUCCCAGUUGCCAAAUCAGUCGAUACCAAGGUCUAUACUGACGAAACCACCAAUCCAACAGCAAGGUCUAGGGACUCCGCAUGGGCAGCCGUCGUCUCCAAUGCCUCCUAUGGGACCACCGCCGGGCAUGCAAGGGCCGCCAGGACUGGGUAUGAACAUGCCUCCAGGCUUGAACGGCUUCCCUGGUCAUGGAUCCAUGAUGCCUGGAAUGAUGGGACCACGUCCAAACAUGCCGUUCUUCCCUCAGCCAGCGCCCCAGAGCUUCCGUGGAUUUCCACCACCCGGAAUGCACACACCAGGUGCACUUCCAAUCGGCCGUGGUUUCCCGAUGGAAGGACCGCCAGGCUUCCCAGCACCUCCAGGCUUUACUGCGCCAAUGCCGUCCGCCUUUCCGAUGGGUAUGCCGACGCAUUCGCGGCAGGGCUCGGGAUCUUUUGAACGACUCUCAAACGAGAGCCCCAUCACUGGUCCUCAAGCACAACCCAUACAACGGCCAACGCCUAUCAAGCGCCCUUCAAGCGUGAAAGCGGGCGAUGAACCCGGACAGCAGGGAUCUGAUGUAGACGAACUUGCGAAUCACCUAGGCAGUAAAGCGCUACUGGACGACGAUGACGACAUCCCCGAACUGCCUGAUCGACGCCCAAGCAUGCAACAGCACGGCUCAGUGAGAGCGCCCUCAUUCGGCUUCGCAGACAUACCCGGGUCGCAGUAUGGAUCGUUCGGCGCACCAGGCGGCGGCAGCAUCUGGGGCACGCCACCCCUACAGGGCUUCCACUCCGGCGCCAACUGGGGCAACUCGCCCACCUCCAACAUCUUCAACAGCCCCUUCUCCAUGAACACCACGCGAACCCUCGAACGCAACGCAAACGAGCAGCGCAUAGUCUGGCUCCGCCGUACCAUCUGCGCCGCAUGCAAGACCCUCGCUCCCCGCGCCUCCGACGCAGACGGCUACGUCGACGCGGCCGAAGUGCAUCGUCAAGUCGAGGCUUCGCGCGGUGCGAUGGAUCCUGCUGUUUCGGUUGAUGAGAUUAAGGAGGCGUGCGAUAUCCUUGAUGUUACGCAUACUAAUGGCGGUGGGAGUCUGCAGUACAAAGAAGAUGCCAAUGGCAUGUUGUCGCAUAUCAAGUUUAGUGAUGGCGCGAUACAAGCGCCUCCGAGCUCUCUUGGUGAGAUCGGUAGCCCAGUUCCUGGUCACAGCGUUCUUGUUGGUGGGUUUGGGGGCAGGUUUCCUGGAUUGGGGCCGCAGGGUUUCUGA